GAAUAUGCUAAUUCACGUUUGACGUGGAGUCCUGCGCGCUCUCGAGCUACGUUAGCUAGCCGUGCUAGCUAUCUUGCUAGCUUCUCGUAUCCGUUACACUGGAAAAAGUAGCUAGCUCGCUAGGUUAGCUUGCUAACCAGUAAACCUUUGAGCUAGAGCAAGCGGGUCCAACUUGAUCUUAAUAGAGCGAAGUUCGUUCGAUACGACAUUUCGCUGUCCGUCGCCAAAAGAGACGUCUGGUCAAAAUGGGCUCACUGUUUCGGAGUGAGGAGAUGUGCUUGGCCCAGUUGUUCCUCCAGUCCGCAUCCGCAUAUGACUGUAUUAGUGAGCUCGGAGAUCUGGGUCUGGUGGAGUUCAGAGACCUCAACCCAAGUGUAAACACCUUUCAGCGCAAGUUUGUCAAUGAGAUCAAGAGAUGUGAGGAAAUGGAAAGAAUUCUGGUAUAUCUUCUGAGAGAGAUCAAGAAAGCUGACAUAGCUCUCCCUGAGGGGGAGGUGAACCCUGCAGCACCGUUACCCAAGCACGUGAUGGGGAUAAUGGAGCAGCUUCAGAGGCUGGAGAUGGAGCUGAGUGAGGUCACCAGGAACAAGGAGAAACUCCAGAAGAACCUUCUGGAACUGACUGAAUACACACACAUGCUGCGCAUCACACACAACUUUGUGCAGCGCGGGACCGAGAGAGAUGCAGCACAGAUGCAGUAUGAAGAGUUCCCUGUACUAGACAAAGACUCAGUGAUGGACUACACCAGUAUGCAGAGGCUAGGGGCCAAACUGGGCUUCAUCUCCGGCCUGAUCUCUAGACUGAAGCUGGAAGCGUUUGAGCGUAUGCUGUGGAGAGUGUGUAAAGGCUACACCAUCCUCAGCUACGGCGAGAUCGAGGGCACUCUAGAGGAAUCUGCUGACGGCGAGCCCACCAGGAGUGUGGUCUUCCUCAUUUCCUACUGGGGUGACCAGAUCGGGCAGAAAGUUAAGAAGAUCUGUGACUGCUACCACUGUCACCUGUACCCGUACCCCAGCAGUAACGAGGAGAGAGCUGACGUGGUGGACGGACUCCAGACACGCAUCCAGGACCUGCACACGGUGCUCCACCGCACUGAGGAGUACCUGCGGCAGGUGCUGAACAAGGCCUCAGAGUCUGUCUUCACCUGGAUGAUCCAGGUGAAGAAGAUGAAGGCCAUCUAUCACAUCCUCAACCUGUGCAGCUUCGACGUCACCAACAAGUGCCUCAUCGCUGAGGUGUGGUGCCCCGUGGAUGACCUGCCUGCCCUGCGGAGGGCACUGGAGGACAGCUCGAGGAAAAGUGGAGCUACUGUCCCGUCAUUCGUCAAUCGUAUCCCUAGCAAUGACACUCCGCCCACUCUUAUACGGACUAAUAAGUUCACGUCAGGCUUUCAGAACAUAGUGGACGCCUAUGGAGUGGGCAGCUACAGAGAGGUGAACCCAGCUCCCUACACCAUCAUCACGUUCCCCUUCCUCUUUGCUGUGAUGUUCGGAGACCUGGGCCACGGUCUUCUCAUGGCCCUGUUUGCCCUGUGGAUGGUUCUCUAUGAGAAUGACCGCAAACUGAAGAAGACCAGGAACGAGUUUUGGAACACAUUUUUUGAGGGACGCUAUAUCAUUUUGAUGAUGGGCGUGUUCUCAGUCUACACCGGGAUCAUAUAUAACGACUGCUUUUCCAAGUCCCUCAACGUGUUCGGCUCUGGCUGGAACGUCAGAGCCAUGUUCGAGAAGGGUCCGUGGACUAUGAGCACACUACACUCAAAUGACUUCCUCACGCUCAACCCCAGCACCCCCGGGGUAUUUAACGGGCCAUACCCCCUGGGCAUCGAUCCCAUUUGGAACCUCGCGUCCAACAGACUCACGUUCCUAAACUCCUAUAAAAUGAAGAUGUCCGUAAUUUUGGGGAUCGUCCACAUGACCUUUGGGGUCAUCCUUGGGGUCUUCAACCACCUGCACUUCAGGAGGAGGUUCUGCGUCGUGCUGGUGUUUCUGCCUGAGCUGUUGUUUCUGCUCUGCCUCUUUGGCUACCUGGUCUUCAUGAUCCUGUACAAGUGGAUGGCCUUCACAGCACAGGACUCUCACAAGGCUCCCAGCAUCCUCAUCCAUUUCAUCAACAUGUUCCUGAUGCAGGGAGACUCCAGGAAGCCCCUCUACCCAGGGCAGACAGGGCUGCAGGUAUUCCUGGUCAUCAUAGCGGUGCUCAGCGUGCCUGUGCUGUUGCUAGGGAAACCACUCUACUUGUACUGGCAACACAAUGGCAGCAGUCACAUGGCCAUGUACAGGGGAUAUGAGCGAGUUCGGCGUAGCAGUGAAGAGGAGAUCUCUCUCAUGCGCUCUUAUGACUUAGAGGAAGGCACCAGCCUGGAAAGCCAUUCCAGCAGUUCAGAUGGCCAUUCAGAAGAGUUUGACUUUGCAGAUGUGUUCCUGCACCAGUCCAUCCACACUAUAGAGUAUUGUCUGGGCUGCAUCUCCAACACGGCAUCCUACCUGCGACUGUGGGCGCUGAGUCUGGCACACGCACAGCUGUCGGAGGUGCUGUGGUCGAUGGUGUUGCGGGUAGGGCUGCGUGUGGACACCAGCUUCGGCGUGCUCCUCCUCGUGCCCGUCAUUGGCCUCUUUGCCGUGCUCACGGUCUUCAUCCUUCUUGUGAUGGAGGGUCUCUCUGCCUUCCUGCAUGCCCUACGUCUCCACUGGGUGGAGUUUCAGAAUAAGUUCUACAGUGGGGCCGGCAUCAAGUUUGCACCGUUUGCCUUCUCUCUCUUGCACACAAGCUUCGAGAACGAUGGAUUACUGUGAACGCUGACGUAUUGAAGUACCGGAGAGAUCGGAAAUAUGUCGAGCCUCGGAGCCCUAUGGCUUCCCCUCUUUUUAACGCUCGUAUUUCAGUCGUUGCACUGGCUGCCUUACAAGCCCAGCCAAAUAUGGAUUUCAUGUCUUGGGAUACCAAACUGUGGACAGUGAUGGUGCCUGCAGUCAGGAACUGAACUCCUUUUAUAGUUUUGUACCGGUAAAGCUGAUCUGUGAAGGUAAAUAAGUGCUACUUGAGUGACCGCUGAAACAUUUUCAGAGCAAAAAAACACUCCAGAAGAUCUCACCGGUACUUCUGGUGUAUGACGUCUAACCUGUAAUUUUCCUAAAGGUCUCUGUGGGAUUUGUCAUCCAGUCACAUGUUGCCUACUGUUGUGAGGGGAGUGGGGGGGAAUCUCCCUGUUAACACUGCACAUUCCAGAAGUGGCUUUAGCAGGCCUUGAGCCCAUGACGUCUUCAAGUACUUUUAUUCCAUGUGUGCUGUUUUAAUGUGCUCACUCGUUCUGACAGCUGAAGACCACAUCACCAUGACCGGGCUCUUACUGUACUGCCUGUGGGAGUAUUGGGGCUCUCUGUCAGAGCCCUGGGUCCGGGUGUUGCGAAGAGUAUUGAACAUUGUUGAUAUUUUGACAGUCUAAGACUUUUAUCCACUGUGAUUAAGUUCCUGGUUUUAUAUUGAUUGUAAUUAAUAAAUAAAGAGGGUUAACGGUCAAUGACGGGUAAAGGUUUGGGUAAGUGCUGUUCUUAUUUAACAUGUUGUUAGUAUGGUUUCAACAUGUUGGCAAAACAAUGUUUUUAGUAACACACUAAUCCUGUCCCAUUUACUAAUAGCAGUACAGUGAGAUUUACAGCCUCAUUUAAAAUCUGUUCAUGUGAUCAGGCAGUUUGGUUUUAUUUAAACAUCGACCAGAUCUGUAGCAACUGUGCUUACUUGAACCCAAUACGCUUUCAAUACAGAUUAGCUUCUCAGCUUCACAAAUUCAUCUUUUAAAUUCUUUUCUUGUCCAGAAGUAUUAAGUACAAAAGGGUGAAAGCUUUUUACAAAUUUUUUUUUUAACUCAUUUUGUUGAUUUGAAUAACUCUAGUAAAUUUAGAUUUGCAAGCUUGUAGUGUGUGAAUUUCAUGUAGCUUAAUCCACUCACGUUUUGGAUUUUAGAUUAUUUAUUUAACAAAAUGAUCUCGUUUCAGUUGCACGGUUUAUCAUUUGGAAGCUCUUACAUUCCACCUUUCCAGUUUUGGGUUCUGCAUUUUUGUAUUUUAUCAAAAACCAAGCUAAUGUGACGUAAUAAAAUUUUUAAUUCUGGAA